CCACGUACAAAAAUUGAUUUGUGAUGGGAGGAUUGAAAUAGUAGCCGAGACUUAGCCGAGCGAGUCUAGAGUAUCACACCCAAGCUACAAGAGGUUCAUCUUCGUACUAUAACAGUCACCAUGGCAGGUCUCAAACUAAAAAAACGAGCUCGUUCUAGAUCGCCCGAACGCGACACCGAUAAAACUUACCGCAAAAGAUCUCAAUCACCCAGAAGAGACAGAAAGAGAUCACCAAUUCGAGAACGGCGGCGCGAACGCGAACGAGAACAGGAAAGAGAACGAAAACGAAGACCUUCGCCUCCAAGAGCUGCUACAGAUGAGGAUGAUUUGGAUAUAGCUGGGAAAUUUGGUACUUCUUCUACGGCCAAAGAACAAAAGAAAGAUGAACAGUCAUUGAAAGAUAUCGAAACACCAGAGGAAGAGGAUACGCUCGACAUAGCCAGCAAAUUCGGCUCAUCAGCAUUUUCGAAAUUUAAAGCUUCCUCCGCAUCUUCUUCUUCCUCCAAACCGAAAACCCAAACACCCGAUUCUGUGAAUCCUCCGGUUAGACCUCCUGCGGCACCAAUCUCUACAGCGGUUUCUGCUUCAGCGGCGCCGUCGAAUGAACCGAUGAUUAUUGUGCAUGUUAAUGAUCGUUUGGGUACUAAGGCGGCAAUUCCAUGUUUGGCGAGUGACCCGAUUCGACUUUUUAAAGCGCAGGUAGCGGCGAGGAUUGGGAGGCAGCCACAUGAGAUUAUGUUGAAGAGGCAGGGGGAGAGACCUUUCAAGGAUAAGUUGACGUUGGAGGAUUAUGGGGUGGGUAAUGGGGUGCAGAUUGAUUUGGAGAUUGAUACUGGAGAGUGAUGGGAAUAUCGGGGGGGAUUAAGACACUUUAAAGGGAUGGAGUUGGAUUUGCAUUUGACUGGCUACAUUAUACUAUGGUUCUGACCAUAACGCUGGGGAGUCAUGGCUGAUAUUAAAGUUAACUUUGAUGCUGGUGGGUUUGAGAGGUACGCGGGGACCGGAAUGGCUUGCAGAUCUGCCACGUAUGCAAUCGUUUAUUGUAGAAAACCCGGGAGAGAAACAGUAUUGAUGCAUGAUAUCCUCUCCCAA